AUGUGGAGUUCAAACAGUUUAAUUCCAACAAUUUUUUCCAAAUUUUCUUUUAGGAAUUGGCGGGUCGCUUGCAGCUCUCCUAAAAAUUUCCUUUUUUUCUUUAAACAAAUUCAAAAAAUUGAAAAUUUUGACAGCCGCCGAUACCGUGUAAACAAGUGUCACAUUGGUUAACUUUACCCGCAAAACUGCCAAAACCACAUAAGUCUGCGUUUAACCGAAAAGAAUCCACAUCCAGAAACCAUAGCGACCACACUUAGUUAAUUUUUUCACAAAUAAUGGAAAAUAACGAAAACCAAGAAGCCCCAGAAAACGCGAAAAAAUCCUCUAAAGCGAGCACCUCCAACGAUGAGAAAGCCCCCGACAGUUCUGAUAACACCACCCAGCAGAAAUCGAAGGUGUCUAAAGCGAAAAAGCGGAAGAAACCGAAGGAUACCACGGCCCCGAGACACCCCCUCACAGGUUAUGUGCGUUAUUUGAACGAUCGAAGGGAGGCCGUCCGCAGCGCUAAUCCUAGUUUAUCGUUUGCUGAAAUUACCAAAAUGUUGGCCAACGAGUGGACAAACCUCCCGGCUGAUAAAAAACAACAGUAUUUGGACGCCGCUGAACAGGACAGGGAGCGGUACACUAGGGAAUACAACGCUUAUAAACAAACGGAAGCUUAUAAAUUAUUCCAGCAACAAAACGAGAAAAAGUUGAAGGAAAGCAAGGAGGAGGGGAAGAGUAAUCAUCCUGUCGUGGCCCCCGAGCUAGAAUUCGGCAAUUUCGACAUCCCCAUCUUCACUGAAGAGUUCCUUGACCACAACAAACUGCGCGACACGGAGUUAAGGCAGCUGCGGAAAUCCAACACGGACUACGAACAACAAAACGCCAUUUUACAAAAACAUAUCGAAAAUAUGAGAGACGCGAUUACCAAACUAGAGUCCGAGAUAACUCAGCAAGAGAAGAACAACGCGUCGUUGCAGAAGCACCUGGACCACAUGAGGACCACGUUGACGAAUGGGUUCUCAGGUGUAAAAUUACCCGGGAUAAAGGAAGUGGCGACGCAGCAGAAUAUUGACACUUAUAUGACAAAUUUGCAUUCGAUAUUGCUGGAGAAUAGUAGUCAUGAUGCGAAUCUUUUACAGACUGUGAGGAAUAUUGUCGGUGGGUUGGAGUUCAAUGGAUGACAAACAAAUCGUUCGUCAAAAAGAAAGCGAAAGAUUAAGAAGUUUGCGUAAUUUUUUUUACAUUGUUUACUUUUUACUUCCAUAGAAUGGUUUAUUAUGAUAUAGGCUGGUCACUGUGAUGUCAUACCUUGGGUAUUCGUAAUGAUUGUAUUGAUGUAUUUAAUAGUUCCGUCAAUAAAUUUCAAAAAGAACGAA